AUGGCGGAUCAUCUGAGUUUAUGUACGGACCGUCUCAUAACAUCUGAAAGCGUGAAGCAAGAAAAAGAUUCCGAGUCUUCAGAUUCUUGUGGAGAAAGUUCGAGGCCUCAAGGCAAAGACUUGGCUUCUACUUCUGUCGAUGAAGAAGCGAGGGUAUACUUUGCCGUUGAGGACGAGGAAGAGGAGCCACUUCUCCAGUCUGUUGAGUGCCGUAUAUGCCAGGAGGAAGAUACCACUAAGAACCUCGAGGCUCCUUGUGCCUGUAAUGGCAGCUUGAAGUAUGCACACCGCAAGUGUGUCCAGCGUUGGUGUAAUGAGAAAGGUGACAUAACCUGUGAAAUUUGCCACCAGCCUUAUCAAUCUGGUUAUACAGCUCCUCCACCUCCUCCUGAUGAAACUAUAAUUCACAUCGGUGACGAUUGGGAGAACGGAGUUCCACUGGACUUGAACGACCCACGCAUCUUGGCAAUGGCAGCUGCAGAACGCCAUUUCUUGGAAGCUGACUAUGAUGCGUACUCUGAGUCUAACUCAAGCGGAGCCGCCUUUUGUCGCUCCGCUGCUCUCAUCCUAAUGGCACUUUUACUGUUGCGAGAUGCGCUAAAUCUCACAACUAACUCAGAUGAUGAAGACGAUCCAACCGCCUUCUUCUCUCUUUUCCUUCUCCGCGCCGCUGGUUUUCUCCUCCCAUGUUACAUCAUGGCAUGGGCCAUUGGUAUACUUCAACGCCGUAGGCAAAGACAGGAGGCAGCGGCUAUAGCUGCGGCAGAAGUUGCCUUCAUGAUACACGGUGGUGUGCCACAACGGAGAGGACUGCACUUUGCUGUGCCGCCGCCAGAGCAGCCGAUAUCCAACCCAACAUUAGUCUGA